AUGGACAGUUCGAUUCCUUCAACUCCUACGGUUCCACAAGUUCAUGGUCUCCCGGUUCGUGACAAGGUCUGCAUCAUUGGCAGUGGCAAUUGGGGAUCAGCUAUCGCUACAAAAGUGGGCGUGAAUUGUGAACGACUUCGCCAUUUUGAUUCCAAAGUGAACAUGUGGGUAUUUGAAGAAAUUGUCACACUGAAAGACGGAAGAAAUGAAAAGUUGACCAAGGUCAUCAACGAACAACACGAAAAUGUCAAAUACCUUCCAAAUAUCAAGCUUCCUGACAAUAUCGUGGCAGUAGCCGAUUUGGCAGAAGCCUGCAAAGAUGCUACAUUAUUGAUAUUUGUGCUUCCGCAUCAGUUCCUACCAAAACUGCUUCCAGUAAUCCGAAAGUCGGCUCAUCCGUCAUGUCGAGGUGUCAGUCUGAUUAAGGGGUUGGAUUUCUCUACCGAGACUGGGAAACCCAUUCUCAUUUCCAAGACCAUCUCGGAAGCCAUGGGCAGUAGCUUUCAAUGUGGUGUCCUUAUGGGCGCCAAUGUCGCCAAUGAAGUUGCUGCAGGCAAAAUGUGUGAAUCUACGCUAGCAUCGAAUUUCGGAAACGCGCAAGCGGACGAAGUGACCAGAUUGGCUUUUGAUACUCCUCCUAGCUUUCGUGUCCAACACAUUCACGACGUUGCUGGGGCUGAAGUCUGUGGGGCCCUAAAGAAUGUCAUUGCUUUAGGUGCUGGUUUUGUUGAUGGAGUCGGACUAGGAAGCAAUACCAAGGCGGCACUCUUGAGAGUUGGAUUGAAGGAAAUGGCCAAAUUUUGUCACAUGUUUUUUGCAGGAGUGAAGGACUCGACCUUUACGGAAAGCUGUGGGAUGGCUGAUUUGAUCACUACAUGCUACAGUGGAAGAAAUCGCAAGUGUGCAGAAGCCUUCGCCAAGGAACAGCUGAGUCAAUCGAAGCAAGGCCAAACCAGCAGUGAAGCUAUAUGGGAGGCGAUCGAAAAGGAUUUGUUGAAUGGUCAGAAGUUGCAGGGAACAUUGACGGCAAAGGAAGCUUAUGCAUUGCUGAAGUCGCAAGGAGUACUGGAUGAAUUCCCGCUGAUAACGGUGAUUUACGAGAUUGCUUUUGAAGGAAAGCCAGUGACUUCGAUUGAGGAGGGUAUUCGCGUCAAUUCGCAAAGCAACUCCCACCCCUCACGACUAUAA